UUGACGUUUUAAUUAUUAUAAAACUGUAAAAAAUUAUUUAUCGAGAACCGAAAAUGUUAACUGCUUUAACCGCUUUGAAAACAGUCCUGCCUAAUCUAAAUAAUAUAAAUUUAAUUAAAACAAGAACGUUGUACACCGUCCCUGAACGUUAUCGAAACGCAUUUUACUUGGCAAAUGCUUCCCUUUUCGAUUACACAAAUUGGUAUAUUCACAAGGCGUAUGAAUCCUGCUUUAAAACCGUCUUAAACACCGUCUUUACUUCAUAUCCGAAUAUGACCGAUAAUAAAGCAAAACUUAAAGUGUUGGAUAUUAUCAAUCUUUUAGAACCGUGUAGCGGCGUUGUGGACAUUAGCUUUCCCAUUAAGAAAACGGACGGAACUUACGAGGUUGUUCAAGGUUAUCGGGCCAUACAUGCUUUAAAUUUGUAUGAAAUGCCGAAUUUAGGAGGAAUGAGGAUUUGUUCGGAUUUGUCAAAAGAUCAUAUUCGAGCAUUUUCGAUUUUGGCCACAUACAAACAUGCAUGUUUUGGUAUUGAUAUGGCCGGAUCUCAUGGUGGGUUAAAAAUAAGUGGUUACGAUUACGACUCAAGUGAUCUGAAGAAUAUCGUCGUUACAUAUGGAAAAGAAUUGGCUAAAAGAGGAUUUUUAGGGCACAAAGUUGACGUUUUAGAACCGGAUCUUUAUUGUACCUCAAACGAAAUGGAGUGGAUUUCAAAUACAUUUGCAAAAACAGAAACAGCGGGAAUUGCUUGUGCAGUAGGGAAAACCCCGGAAAAUGGAGGGAUUGAAAUGUACGACGAAGCUUUUGGAUUAGGAGUUAUGUACGCUUUAAAUUUGUUUAUGGAGAAUAAAGAGGUGCUAAAUAAAUUAAGUUGGGAAGGUGAUUUAAGAGGAAAAACAUUUCUUGUUCAGGGAUUAGGAAAAAUUGGGUCUCAAAUUGCUCGAAUGUUAACAAGAGCCGGAGCGAUGUGUAUUGGUGUAAAAGAACACGAUUCUUAUAUUCUUAUGGAAGAUGGAGUUCCAAUUGAUAGUUUAAUAAAAUACAAAGAAGACACCGGAUCAAUUAUGGAAUAUAACAAAUACGCAAAGCCGGGAACUACCGAACAAAUUUUUACCGAACAAUGCGAUAUUUUAGUUUUAUCGGCAACUCAUCGCAGUAUACAGUGUCAUGUGGCGGAAAGAAUCAAGGCAAAGAUCAUCAUUGAAGCUGCUUACUCCUCGUUAACUCCGACUGCUUAUAAAGUUUUGGUGGCUAGAAAUUGUUUAGUGCUUCCGGAUAUUUUUACCGGAGCGGGAUUUUCGGUGGCUUCAUAUUUGGAGUACAUUAAAAAUGUGAACAAUUCCCCUCUAAAUGCUUUAGUUAGCAGGGUCUUGAAUUUAGCUAUAACAAGUCAAAAACAGAUUCUCACCGAUGAGGAAUAUUUAAGAAAAACUAUAGAGAGUAUGGUAACGACAACAUAUGAGAAUAUUCUAGCACACCAAAAAGCUUACAAUCUCGGUUUGGAUAUCAGAACAGCUGCUUAUACUGUCGCUAUUGAGAAGAUAUUUGCAAGGAUUUGUGCAAAACAGUUAUUUUAAAGCUUGAAAGUAUAAUAAUAAUAAAUUAA